CAAACAGAAGUCCCUCUCGUGCCAACCAUUUUGUUAUCUUCACUCGCAUCCACAUUUUCCCUCGCUAGUUCUCCUCCUCUCUCUCCCCAUCCAAACACACGCCUCUCCCUCUCGAUCGAUCGUCGGGGCGGCGGCGGCGGCGAUGGCUCUCCAGUCGGUCUCCCCCGGCGCUCAGCUGCUCCACUCCACCGCCAAGCCCAGCUCGGUGCUUUUCCCCAACAGAGGAGGGGCGGGUAACAUCUUCUCCGUCGAUUUCGUCGGCCUCUGUUGUAAAUCCAAGCGGACCAGGCGGCGGCUCGGCGUCUCCGGCUCCAGGAGCCGCUCGCGGCUCCUCUCCGCCGGCAAGUCCGCGUCGCCUUCCUCGGUGAAGGCCGUGCUCGAUCUUGAGCGGACAAGCCAGUCCCUCGGCGAAUGGCCUCGUCAGUCUGGGGACAAGCUUCAGGUUGCACUAUUGGAGGACAUAAUAGCUGAAAGAGGAGCUUGUGGAGUUGGGUUUAUUGCCAAUCUUGAGAAUAAAGCUUCACAUCAGAUUGUUACAGAUGCUCUUACUGCUCUUGGUUGUAUGGAACAUCGUGGGGGAUGUGGAGCUGAUAAUGACUCUGGUGAUGGUUCCGGAGUGAUGACGUCGAUUCCAUGGAGUUUAUUUGAUGAUUGGGCUAGCAAGCAAGGGAUUGCUUCCUUCGAUAAGUUGCACACUGGUGUUGGGAUGUUUUUCUUUCCCAGAGAUUCUGACCUUAUCAGUGAAGCCAAGAAAGUUAUUGUAAAUAUCUUCAGACAAGAAGGUCUUGAGGUGCUUGGAUGGAGACCUGUCCCUGUAGACUCAUCCGUAGUUGGUUUCUAUGCAAAAGAAACCAUGCCUGACAUACAGCAGGUGUUUGUGAGAGUUGUAACAGAAGACAUUGUUGAUGACAUUGAACGAGAACUAUACAUAUGCCGGAAAUUGAUUGAAAAGGCAGCGAGUACGGAAAACUGGGGAAAUGAGCUCUAUGUCUGUUCUCUCUCGAAUCAAACUUUAGUUUACAAGGGAAUGCUUCGGUCAGAAGUUCUUGGUUUAUUUUACUUGGAUCUUCAGAAUGAUCUGUAUGCAUCAUCUUUCGCUAUAUAUCACAGAAGGUAUAGUACAAAUACUAGCCCCAGGUGGCCUCUUGCUCAGCCAAUGAGGUUUCUUGGUCAUAAUGGAGAGAUCAACACCAUACAGGGCAACUUGAAUUGGAUGCAAUCUCGUGAAACCUCAUUAAAGUCCCCUGUUUGGCGUGGUCGUGAGAAUGAAAUCCGUCCUUUUGGUAAUCCCAAAGCGUCAGACUCUGCAAACCUUGAUAGUGCAGCCGAAUUGUUGAUAAGAAGUGGCCGAGCUCCUGAGGAGUCUCUAAUGAUUCUUGUUCCAGAAGCAUACAAGAACCAUCCUACUUUAUCUAUCAAAUACCCUGAGGUGGUUGACUUUUAUGAGUACUACAAGGGUCAGAUGGAGGCUUGGGAUGGACCAGCAUUGCUUUUAUUCAGUGAUGGCAAAACUGUUGGGGCCUGUCUUGAUCGGAAUGGACUUCGCCCGGCUAGGUACUGGCGAACAAAAGACAAUGUUGUCUAUGUUGCAUCUGAGGUUGGUGUUUUGCCAAUGGAUGAGUCAAAAGUUACAAUGAAGGGCCGGCUUGGACCAGGAAUGAUGAUAACAGUUGAUUUAACAAGUGGUCAGGUUUAUGAGAAUACAGACGUCAAAAAGCGAGUAGCAUUAUCAAAUCCUUAUGGAAAAUGGGUUGCUGAAAACAUGCGAAAGUUGAAGCCUGCAAACUUCCUGUCAACUACUACAAUGGAAAAUGAGUCGAUCUUAAGACAUCAACAGGCAUUUGGAUAUUCAAGUGAGGAUGUCCAGAUGAUAAUUGAAACAAUGGCUGCACAGGGAAAAGAACCUACAUUCUGCAUGGGGGAUGACAUUCCACUGGCAGCAUUAUCUCAGAAGCCUCAUAUGCUCUACGAUUAUUUUAAGCAACGAUUUGCCCAGGUUACAAAUCCAGCUAUUGACCCUCUUAGAGAAGGUUUAGUCAUGUCUCUUGAAGUCAGUAUUGGCAAGAGAGGGAACAUAUUGGGGGUUGGACCUGAAAAUGCUUCCCAGGUGAGUUUAUCUAGCCCUGUAUUGAAUGAGGGGGAGCUUGAGGAGCUGCUGCAAGACCCAAACUUAAAACCCCAAAUAUUACGGACAUUUUUUGAUAUACAAAAAGGGAUUGAGGGUUCACUGGAGAAGACACUGAACAGGCUGUGUGAAGCUGCCGAUGAAGCUGUUCGAAAUGGCUCACAAUUGCUUGUUCUCUCUGACAGAUCAGAUGAAUUGGAAGCUACACAUCCUGCAAUACCAAUUCUUCUUGCUGUUGGUGCUGUUCAUCAACAUCUCAUUGAGAAUGGCCUGCGAAUGUCUGCUUCGAUUGUAGCAGACACUGCUCAAUGCUUCAGCACUCAUCAGUUCGCUUGCUUAAUUGGAUAUGGGGCUAGUGCUGUAUGUCCCUACUUGGCAUUGGAAACAUGCCGACAAUGGCGCUUGAGUACGAAAACAGUAAAUUUGAUGCGAAACGGGAAGAUGCCUACAGUGACAAUUGAACAGGCACAGAAGAACUUCUGUAAGGCAGUCAAGUCGGGUCUACUUAAGAUUCUUUCCAAAAUGGGUAUCUCAUUGCUUUCAAGUUAUUGUGGUGCACAGAUAUUUGAGAUCUAUGGAUUAGGGAGAGACGUCGUUGAUCUGUCAUUCCGUGGAAGUGUUUCUGUGAUUGGUGGACUGACACAUAAUGAGCUAGCAAGGGAGACAUUGUCUUUUUGGGUGAAGGCUUUUUCAGAGGAUACAGCGAAGAGGCUGGAGAAUUUUGGAUUUAUACAGUUCAGACCUGGAGGGGAAUAUCAUGGAAACAACCCAGAAAUGUCAAAGUUGCUGCAUAAGGCUGUUCGUCAGAAGAGUCUAAGUGCAUUCUCAACUUAUCAGCAGCAUUUGGCCAAUCGUCCUGUUAACGUACUGCGUGAUCUUCUAGAGUUUACAAGUGAUAGGGCUUCUAUACCAGUCGGAAGGGUUGAACCUGCAUCUUCCAUUGUUGAACGGUUUUGCACUGGUGGAAUGUCACUUGGAGCAAUCUCAAGAGAAACUCAUGAAGCAAUUGCCAUUGCAAUGAAUAGAUUAGGAGGAAGAUCAAAUUCCGGAGAAGGUGGUGAGGAUCCCAUCCGCUGGAGCCCGUUAACAGAUGUUGUUGAUGGUUAUUCUCCAACACUGCCUCACCUCAAAGGACUACAAAAUGGGGAUACUGCUACCAGUGCUAUCAAACAGGUUGCUUCUGGGCGAUUUGGUGUUACUCCAACAUUCUUGGUCAAUGCUGACCAAUUGGAGAUCAAAAUUGCACAGGGUGCUAAGCCUGGUGAAGGUGGCCAAUUACCUGGGAAAAAAGUCAGCGCGUACAUUGCAAGGCUGCGUAACUCUAAGCCUGGGGUUCCACUUAUAUCUCCACCUCCUCACCAUGAUAUAUAUUCUAUCGAGGACCUUGCCCAGUUGAUUUAUGACCUUCAUCAGGUCAACCCUAAGGCCAAGGUAUCUGUAAAGCUUGUUGCGGAAGCUGGAAUUGGUACAGUUGCUUCCGGCGUUGCAAAGGGGAAUGCUGAUGUUAUACAGAUAUCGGGCCAUGAUGGUGGAACUGGAGCUAGUCCUGUUAGUUCAAUCAAGCAUGCUGGUGGACCCUGGGAACUUGGGCUGACAGAAAGCCACCAGACUCUGAUUUCUAAUGGACUUCGAGAAAGGGUAGUUCUACGGGUUGAUGGUGGCUUUAAAAGUGGAUUUGAUGUUUUAAUGGCUGCUGCAAUGGGUGCUGAUGAAUAUGGGUUUGGUUCAGUGGCCAUGAUUGCCACUGGAUGUGUUAUGGCUCGCAUUUGCCAUACCAAUAAUUGUCCUGUUGGUGUUGCAAGCCAGAGGGAAGAAUUGCGUGCCAGAUUUCCUGGUGUGCCUGGUGAUCUUGUCAACUUCUUUUUGUAUGUUGCGGAGGAGGUGAGAGGCAUGUUGGCACAGCUCGGUUUUGAGAAGUUGGAUGAUGUAAUUGGAAGGACAGAAUUGUUAAAGCCUCGUGAUAUCUCGCUUGUGAAAACCCAGCAUCUUGAUCUGAGUUACAUUCUCAGAAGUGUAGGGUUUCCAAAAUGGAGCAGUACUGAAAUUAGAAAACAAGAAGUUCAUUGUAAUGGUCCUGUGCUGGAUGAUGUUGUGCUGGCAGAUCCAGAGAUAUCAGAUGCUAUUGAAAAUGAAAAGUUGGUCAGUAAAACUUUCAACAUAUACAAUGUGGAUCGUGCUGUUUGUGGACGUGUGGCUGGUGUGGUGGCAAAGAAGUAUGGGGACACUGGCUUUGCUGGGCAGCUGAACAUAACAUUUUUAGGGAGUGCUGGGCAGUCAUUUGCUUGUUUUCUAACUCCUGGAAUGAACAUUCGACUUGUGGGGGAGGCUAAUGACUAUGUUGGCAAGGGAAUGGCUGGCGGUGAAUUGGUUGUAACUCCUGUCGAGAAUAUUGGUUGUUGCCCCGAGGAUGCUACAAUAGUAGGGAAUACUUGCUUGUAUGGAGCUACUGGUGGCCAAGUUUUUGUUAGAGGGAAAGCUGGGGAGCGAUUUGCGGUGAGGAAUUCUCUUGCUCAAGCAGUGGUGGAAGGUGCAGGAGAUCAUUGUUGCGAGUACAUGACUGGAGGUUGUGUGGUUGUGCUGGGAAAAGUUGGUAGAAAUGUAGCUGCUGGAAUGACCGGAGGUUUGGCAUAUAUUCUCGAUGAGGAUGACACUCUAAUACCUAAGGUGAACCGAGAGAUCGUAAAGAUCCAGAGAGUGAAGGCACCAGUUGGCCAGAUGCAGCUGAAGAGCCUUAUUGAGGCCCAUGUUGAGAAAACUGGCAGCAGCAAAGGCUCGGCAGUUCUCAAGGAGUGGGACAAGUAUCUACCACUCUUCUGGCAGCUUGUUCCGCCAAGUGAAGAAGACACUCCGGAGGCUUGUGCAGAGUACGAGACAACAGCCGCUGGACAGGUGACCUUGCAGUCUGCAUAAUUUCUUUGCGAGUGAUGAAGCAUGUGAGUUAGAGGCAGCCAGCCAGCAUUGUACAGAAAAAAUGAAUGUGAAUACAUAGCUGUGGUAUCGUUAUUCAAUUGAUGGGUCAGGAACACCUGCUACUUUGAGGUGGCAUUUUCGAGUUUGGAAAGAUCAACAUUGCCGGACCAAAGAACAUGGUCUAUACCUCAAAAGUCAUUCACAUCCGGGCUAGAGCAGUUGUACAGAUAGUGGGAGAAAAUGUAAAUUCGGGUUUUUUGGUUUUCUGUCACGUCGAAGCUUCUGGGAAUUUGAUUGAGAAGCAAUCACGAGAGUGCUUCGGCUGGGAUUACAUGAGUUCAGCCACAGACAAGCAUUCAGUGAGUGACAAAGUGAUCUGUUGUUUCUCGUCAGUUAUUCUCUCCCUCAGAUUUACUCGCCUGAUGAUCCUUAAUCAGGAACUUGUAACCUGCAUUACACAUUAUAUUGGGGGUUCCGUAGUUUCACCAAUAUUUAAGAGACAGAAAGAAAAUAAACAUGAGUUUUUGGAGGUUUGCAA